GCAGCGCCCAGUGUACCGAUGAAAGUGUGUGCAAAUAGUUCGUCCCAUUUGUUUCGUUUAUUUUGAUGGAAUGCGGCCAUGUUUGGCUUAUUGAGGAACGCGGUUUGAAGAAACCAUCAACUUUGUGCGUCAGUUAAUUGCGAGAAUCUCGCACGGUUUGUGCUCAAGUGUCCAAAUACGCAAGUGGUGCCCAUAAAAUGGCAAAAACCAAACAAUACGUGUUAAUCAUCAACUUGAGAAAAAGUUUUUUAAUGGACAAUUUAUAAGCCUUCGAGUCCGAGGGUGGAGCGAGUUUUUUGAUUCAACCUUUUCAUCGCUUCUUUAGUUUGCUCCUUUACGUUUGUGCUAUUGUUGGAGGAAUUCGUCCGUGCGGCGUAACAUGGAAAUAAAGCUUUGGAUCUUCUAAGGGUCAAAGUCAAACACAUACGGAAAAGCACCGGAGCACGGCUUUCUGCUAGUGAUAGCAAAUGCCUGCAGGCAGAGAGAUGCAGGAGGUUGAUAUCUAUGUCAGUUACAUAAUCAUGUUUUGCAGUCUCAAUGUUUAAAUGUGGAAAUACACCUUUUUCCAAACAACACCCUCUUCGGACACAAACACCACAAUAAACAGCAGGUACUAUAAUAGUGCCGUACCGUCGUUUCUGCGAUUUACUGCUUUAUCCCGCUCGGCAUUGGAUUUCCUUUGUGAUGUCCUAAAGUGACUCCUGCCUGUCGCGUGGACUUCAUUUAUGUCAGUAGUGCUUCCGAGUGAUUGUUUUUGUGCAUAUGAAAAAGUCUUUUUUCGGAUCUCAUCUUCACCCGGAAUUACAUUGACCAGCUGAACUGUUUUGUAGCUGAACAACCCAUUACUUCGGAGCUAGAUAGCAGCAGCAGCACCACCACAACCGCCACAAUGCAACAAACGACCCGAACCGAAAUGCGACCGGUGAAAUACCACUAUGCGGAUUCAUUCUGGUGCACCUAUCUUAUAUCGGUGUUUGCCGCGAGCAUAGCCGAGACCGUUACCUAUCCAUUGGAUCUGACCAAAACGCGGCUGCAAAUCCAGGGCGAGGCAACGGCGGUCACAGGCGCCCUGAAAAAGAUCAAACAUCGCGGCAUGCUAGCAACAGCCAGUGGAAUCGUUCGCGAAGAAGGAGCAUUCAAAUUAUGGCAGGGUGUCACACCGGCUCUCUACCGUCAUCUUGUGUACAGCGGAGUUCGCAUCGUAACCUACGAUGGUCUGAGGAAGAAGCUCCGCAACGGCAAUAACGAUUUUGCGCUGUGGAAAUCCGCGCUAGCAGGGGUUGGAGCGGGUUCCUUGGCGCAGUGGUUGGCUUCACCAGCCGAUCUGGUGAAGGUGCACAUCCAAAUGGAGGGCAAACGUCGGCUGCUGGGACUCGAGCCCAGGGUUCAUGGAGCGGCCCACGCUUUCCGAGAAAUAGUCAGCCGUGGAGGCAUCCUCGGUCUGUGGAAGGGAAGCGUUCCCAAUGUUCAGCGUGCGGCUCUUGUCAACCUGGGUGACUUGACGACCUACGAUUCGGUUAAACAUUUCGUCAUGAAAAAGACCGGGCUACCGGACUGUCACUUGGUGCAUAUCAUUUCCUCGAUUUGUGCUGGGCUGGUUGCGGCUACGAUGGGAACCCCCGCCGAUGUUGUUAAGACCAGAGUAAUGAAUCAACCCACCGACUUGGAUGGAAGGGGCCUUCUUUACAAAGGAUCCCUCGAUUGUCUGCAACAAACCGUGGCCAAGGAAGGAUUCUUCGCACUAUACAAAGGUUUCUUGCCGGUAUGGAUCCGCAUGGCACCAUGGUCCCUCACGUUCUGGCUUUCGUUCGAACAAAUUCGUAGCACUCUUGGCGCGAGCGGUUACUAGGCGAACUAGGUAAUAGGUGAACGGCCUCUUCAAAACAAUAGUCACUGAUGUGUAACCACACACAUAAGUUAUCGAUUUAGGUGUUCUCUACUGCAUAAGCAUAAGACCUUUAGCAUUAGAUAGGAUGAUUUCACGGUAGAAAUCACAAGCCCUAUUUUGCACAAAGUUUAUUUUUCUUCCGUAACCCUGCUUUUGAACUGCUGUUUGUUGUGAGGAAACAAUGUUUGUUUAUUAUAUCUGCGACAAGUUUAAGACAGGUGUGUAACAGCAGACGAAGACUUUAGAAAACGUGAACAGUUGGUAUAUAGCCGAUGAAUAUCAGCAUGUAUUCGAAGAAAAAAAUCUUCCUUAUGUUGUGUCGCUAACUUGCUCCCAAGUCUUCGGAUUUGCUGAACGGUCUGGUAUACGCAGAUGAAAGACAACUUAUAAAAGUAUUUUGUUGGCUUGUGGAAUCGAUUUUGAAACAAUAUUUGAUUAACAUCGGUGCUGACCUAUUUUUACAUUCAUAACGAUUCUGGGAGCAUCUGGAUUGCCACUGAAUGAAUGAGUAUUGAUAAUUCCCCUUUUUUAACCAAGCUUUUCAUGUGAAAUACGCUUUAAUUUCAUUCGAGAUAUGAGAAUUUGAGAGACGUAACAUUGUCAUUCAGCUUUGCUUUUCAAGAGAGACCAUGUUUCAUUAGUUCUUUCCGGCGUAGGCUCCAAUAGUGAACACCACAUUUUCCCACCGUUAUUAUUUCCUUCAGCACUGAGCAAGAAUCGUUCAUACUGCUACUAUUAGUGGAUACACGUUAUUCACCAAAUCUUUUUUUUUUCACAAAAGGCCCGAGCCUCUGCAUAUCUCUUGUGAGGGAACACAAAUAGGAAAAAGUAUGAUCAAAAUAAGUUGUCAUUGCUGAAUCAUACGAAACCGAUACAACAAAAACAGUGCCAUCCUCUAGGUUCAACUUCAGCAUGUUUUCAAUUGAUUGAAAACCAUUAUAUUCUUUCUUCAACAGUUGGUUGAGUGUGAUACCCACUCUUCGGCCCGAGAACGACUCAAGGAAAUAAUCCAAAUGGUAAAAUUUUCUUGUACUCCCGAAUAUUUUUGUUGAAGAAGGACUAUAAUUUUGAUCUGUGAUUUAGUCGAUAGAUGCCAUUAGUUUAAGUGCAUUCAACCAACAAAUUUGAAACCGAAUAUGUUCUAAUAGUAGGAACAACUUCUUCAUCGAAACCAAUAGUAGUCGUGUCACUUCAAACACGUCAAUUGAGUAGUCAUUCACUUAAAACACAAAUUUCAUGUCAAAUCCAUUAACCAUUCUAGGAUAUACAUAUAAAACUCAGGGAAAUGACGAUAACUACCUGUUGUACGAACUUUGACUACGACUUUCCCGGAAAUCGACAUAAAACAACGACGAACGGAAGAUCUAGCCAGAUACAUACCCUUCACCGAAUGCCACUAUGCGAAGAGACUUAACGGAAACAUACUUCUUCAUCCGCCAGUGAUAUGUUUUCUAGAUAUUAGUAGGUGCAAACUAGUGUUGCUUUUUUUCUAUACAGCAUCCUCGUUACUCGUUGACUUAAUGAAUGUUCCGAAAAAAAGAAAUCCCACCGCCGCCUUGUUCUAUUCUGGAGUCCCUAGGAGUGACUCAUGACAAUACCAAAUUUUAUCAUGUUACUAACGUAGAGUCUUAGCCAGGUGUUCGAAUUUGAAUCGGUGACAUUUGUAGACCUCUUUAUUAUAUCCACAACGCAAGAGAAUCAGGCAAAACCAAACUGCAACGAGCACACGCAAUGACCACUGACUGGGGAAAGGUGCAGUACUGUUAUAUACUCUUCUCAUGUAAAUAUACAAACCCCCUACAGCUCGAUAGAGUAAGGAAACCUUAGAUCCCGACUAUGAAUGACGAGCGUUGAUAAGAACGCACAGCCAAUAAUUAGAAUUGAAACUUUUGUUGUUGGAAACUCAUGUGGAAGGAGAGUUUGUACUCGAGCUAAUAAACUAGUUCCAUAAUA